AUGGACUCAUCUAACAUGAACUCAUUUGUGCAGUAUUCUGUGUGCAAUCGAACCUAUUCCUCACCUAAAGGCGGAUACCAUCACCAGGCCCUGCUGGAGCAGCACCAGGGCUUCCACGCUGCCCCCCAGGCCUCCAUUAACGUGUCCAGGGCUUCACGGUGCACCGGGCCGGGGGGCUACAAUGUGGACUUGUACGGCGGAGGUGACGCCGAGGGCUCGAAUCAGACGACGGGGGCAGCGCAGCAUCAUCAUCAUCAUCAUCAGCAGCAGCAGCAGCAGCAGAACCAGCAGCAGCAAACGCAUCAUGGCUACCAGCAUCAUCUUCACGACAGCCUGCAAGGUGGAUUAUUCCCCUCAUAUCAUAACGGAACGACUGCUAACACCGGGGGUACCGCGUACGCGGAGCAGGCCUGCGCCUCGAACUCGGAGUACAUGGCAAACGCAGGCCCCCCCAACGCCAUCCAUCCUCAGUACUUCGUGGAGGAGUCGAUGCAGGCCUCCUCCACCUACUAUCAUCAAUCACCCUUCCCUGCCUCGGCCCCCGCCGUCGGUCCGAGCUACGGGACCUUGGCGGGGGCCUACUGCGGGACUCAGGGCGCCCAUUAUCCGCAUCAUCUCGGCGCGGGUCUGGACGCGGCCGGCUACGCGGGGAUCCCACCCGCCGGAGGCUACGGAGAGGUGCCUGUCUCCCAGGAACGGGACGAGGAGAGCCUGCAAGCCGGACAGGGGCAAACCUUUGACUGGAUGAAGGUGAAGAGGAACCCCCCUAAAACAGUCAAAGUGUCGGACUUGAGCAUGGCGGGUACCAACGUGAACGCCAUGCGCACCAACUUCACCACGCGGCAGCUGACGGAGUUGGAGAAGGAGUUCCACUUCAGCAAGUACUUGACGCGGGCGCGGCGCGUGGAGAUCGCCGCCACCCUGGAGCUGAAUGAGACGCAGGUGAAGAUCUGGUUCCAGAACCGACGCAUGAAGCAGAAGAAACGCGACAAGGAAGGCACGUCCGCCUCCACGCAUGCCUCCUCUUCUUCUUCUCCUUCUUCGGGUGCAUACCCCAAUGGCGGCGGCGCCCACAAGGAGCAGGAGGACACGGACCCAUCCUCUGCAUCCGAGUCGCCACAAUCGUCUCCAGACUCCUAG